GGUUGAUCGAUGAGCAGAGGGAAGAAGAAGAGGUGAACUACAUCAAACCUUGUUCCUGGAGAAGUUUGUCAGAAAACGACUCUUCGGUUCAGAAACGACGCGUCUUUCUUCUUCUCUCGACUGUUUCUGCAGAGACUCACGGACAGAGACGUCUCCGUGAUGUCGGACUACCCGUAUGAGAGGGAACAUGACGGCUCCUGGAGCAAAGAACCUGUCUAUUUCUCAGGUGUCUCCAGGUUCAGACGUUGGCUGUUUCCUGCUCUGACAGCUGUAGUCAUCCUGGUUCUGAUCAUAGCACUGGGAGCUAGCAACGUGAAGACGUCCAAUCACCUGUCGUCUGUGGAGCAGAGCGUUUCCAACCUGAGCAGCGUCAUCCAAUCACUGAACGCCUCACUGCAGCACGCUCAAGAAACAGCUAAAGAAGUUCAUCGACUGCAGUUUGUCCUGGAGAACCACAAGGAGCAGCUGACCUCAGUGUCAGAGGCGCUGAAGCAGCUGUCAGUCGUGGACUCUCUCAGCAAGAGCGUCGCUUCGCUCAAAUGUUCCCUCGAACACAUCAUCAACAACAGCUCAGCCGUGGACAAGUGUUGUCCUCUGGGUUGGAAUCUGUUCGGCUCCAGCUGUUACUUCUUCAGCACGUUGUCUCUGUCCUGGAACGAGUCCAGAGACUGGUGUGAGAGACACAAAGCUCACCUGGUCAUUCUCAACACUGACGAGGAGUGGGACUUUGUGACCCAUCACGGCUCGGGCACCUUCUACUGGGUGGGUCUGACCGAUGGGAGGACGGGGAAAUGGGAGUGGGUCAACCAGACGCCGUACGUCAUGAACCGCAGGCGCUGGAAACCUGGUCAGCCUGACAGCUGGACGGGUCACGGUCUCGGCCAGGGAGACGAGGACUGCGCUCACCUUCACACCGACGGACGCCUCAACGACCUGCACUGCUCCACCAGGCUGCGCUACAUCUGCCAGAGACGCAGCCAGCACACCUGAGCACACCUGAACACACCUGCAGCUCCACGUCUGCCGCAGGACUGUGGUCCUGCACGUGUCGUCUCUGGUCUCAGAUCAGCGUCAGCGUCAGCGCAGGAGUCUGUGAUCACGUCGAUAAUGUUGCACCUCUGACUCAAAGUGAUCUGAUGUGUGUGUGUCUAUAUGUGUGUGUGUGUGUGUGUGUCUCUAUGUGUCUAUAUGUGUGUGUGUGUGUGUGUGUGUGUGUCUAUGUGUCUAUAUGUGUGUGUGUGUGUGUCAUAUCUGAUUCCUUUGAGCUCGUGUCCAAAAACUAUUAAAACACAUCAGUGAG